AUGAGUUCAAAUAUCCCUCCUAAAUAUGAAACAUCAUACAACGACUACAGAUCUGAUACUUUCACGAUUCCAACGAGAGAACUAUGGGACCAAGUAUACGAAUCUUCAGUUGGAGAUACCAUAUACCAAGAGGAUACAGACACAUGCCUCCUUGAGACCCGUAUUGCCCAAGAAUUUCUAGGUGGUGAGAUGUAUGGUGGCCAAAAAGCAGCAGGUCUCUUUUGCAUGUCAACUACCAUGUCUAACCAACUCGCUAUUCGUGCUUUGUUGAACAGAGCACCCCCAUACUCUCUACUCUGUGAUAGACGUACGCAUGUAUUUGCUAACGAGUGUGCAGGUAUAGCGGUUUUAUCACAAGCAUUGGUAAUAACGGUCGAACCUUCUAAUGGGCAUCAUCUGACUCUUGAAGACAUUAAGGCUAAUUAUAUCCCGGGUAAUUACAAUACGCAAGUUGCACCAACAAGAGUCAUCAGUUUGGAGAAUACUCUUCAUGGAAUGUGCUUCCCGCUUCUGGAAAUGCAGCGUAUCAGUGAAUGGGCACAUUCUGAGGGGAUUUUGUUGCAUUUAGAUGGUGCAAGGUUGUGGAAUGCUGUUGCUGUUUCUAAUGAAGAAAACAAGUUGGAAUACAUGAAAAAGAUUAGUAAGUGCUUUGACUCUAUUUCCCUUUGUUUUACUAAAUCAAUUGGAGCACCGGUAGGCUCAAUUAUCGUCGGAGGUACUGAAUUCAUCGAACGUGCUAGGCAUAUUCAAAAGCAGCAAGGUGGUGGUCUCAGGCAGGCUGGGUUUCUUGCGCGUAUCGUCAAUCACUGUAUUAAUAAGAAUUUUCCUGAUGUUAUAGCCACUGUUUCUAAUAAGACCGCUGCCUUUUGGAAAGAUUUACGUUCUGAACUCAUAGAAUCUUAUGGACUUGAGUUGAAAUUGCAACACCCUGUGGAGACGAACUUCAUAUUCAUUGAUUUGGAAGCAUCUAAUAUUUCUUUGAAAAAAUUCCUCGAAUUUGGUGAAGCUAAUAAUGUAAAAUUCUUUAAUAAUGGUCGAAUUGCUUUCCACUUCCAGAAUAUUGGUGAUGAUGGAUUGAAGCUCUUGAAACAAGUUUUUAUAGAUAUUGCACGGUAUUAUGCUGAAACACCUAUAAAGACGGCGUGA